CAUACAUAAUUUACGGAAAAGUAAGUAAACUUUUGUUUUGGCGGGCGCGGCCAUGUUUGACAGAACAGCUGUUAGGGCUUGCGUGCUCUUGGUUGUUUUUAUUACAAUACAAUGACAAAAAUGUUUCCUAGCAUAGUUUUUCAGUGUAAAUAGUGUUUACUCUGUGAGAAAUAGUGCUGAGAAUACGUGCGAUGUUAAGAAUUGCAUUUGGAAUGAGUUAACGGCAGUCUAGAGUCAUGGCUUGUGGAGUGCAGAAUUACGACGAUAAUCCCGUUCUCACGGAAGACGAAGAGUUUCAAGCGAAAUGGAGCAAGUUCUCGGACUGGUUGCACUGUAUUUGUGUGGUUACAUUCGACCUGGAGCUGGGACAGGCGAUGGAGAGUGUGUAUCCACCAGGAGUUAAGUUGUCAGACCAAGAGAAGUGUAAUAUCUGUUAUCUAGCAUUCCCAGACUCUAAUUCGGGAUGCAUGGGGGACACGCAGUUCCACGUGCGGCUGCGGUCACGUACUCCGUUAUCGAAUCAACAACUUAUUUACAACGAAGACGCUGUUUCAACACUACGAGCGGACUCCACGCACUACUGGGGCUUCGUAUACUUCCGUCAGGUCAAGGACCCGUCUCUCCCUCGAGGCUAUUUCCAGAAAAGUAUAAUCUUACUUACAAGGCUUCCAUUUAUUAACCUUUUCUACAAAGUCAUUCAGUUGAUAGCACCAAAGCACUUUGAAGAAGGAGAGAGCAGCCUAGAAGCUGCUUGUCACGAUAUAAACAGAUGGCCAAGGUUAGAUGCUGGCCAGAAUGUGUUGUUGCCAGUCUUAGGCUCGGUGUUCCAGUCGUAUAUCCCUAACCAUCAGACUGGCAAGAUUACCCGUUCAGAUAUUGCUAAACAUGUACACUCCCCUAAUGUACCACAUAUAUUGGCAUCACUGCAGGAUGUUAAUGUGUUUGAUGCAUUGUCCAGUUUGAUAUCGCAUUUACAUUUGUUAUGGGAACUAGUUUUGACAGCAGAACCCAUUGUUGUGAUGGCCAGCUCACCAACAGAAUGUUCUGCUUUAGUUCAAGCUCUGACGUAUUUGAUACAGCCACUUCCAUACUCUGCUGAAUAUAGACCAUAUUUCACAAUACAUGAUAGUGAGUUCAAAGAGUUCACUAGAAAGCAAUACAACCCACCUUGUGUAAUUCUUGGUGUGACUAAUCCAUUUUUCACAAAAACAUUACAACAUUGGCCACAUACAAUCAAACUGGGUGAUUCAGCUUCAAUUAAAACCAAACUAAGAAAAGUUGGCAAUUUAAAAUUGUUAGACACAGCGCCUGGAGUCUAUACUCAGUAUAAGCCAUUUUUAGAAAAGGACAAAACAAUUAUUAAGAAAUUACACAAUGGAAUAAGAACAGAGCGUCCCUCUGAAGUUCAGACAGCAAUGGUUAAACGUCAUUUGCUGGAGUUGACUCAAAGUUUCAUGAUCCCCUUGGAGAGGUAUAUGGCAUCGUUGAUGCCGUUACAAAAGAACAUUUCGCCGUUCCGUGCGCCUCCUGUGCCAAAUCCAUUUAACCCUGAAGACUUCUUUGCAACUCUUCAACAGUCAGGGCCCCAACUUACUACUGGAAUCAAGGGCGACUGGAUAGGGUUGUACAGGAACUUCUUCAGGACACCAAACUUCAGUGCAUGGUUUCAUCAAAGACAUAGCAAUUUAACGAACAAACUUCAUGCAUUACAACUUGAAGCUUUAGCUGAAAGUGAUUUAAAGAAAUGGUCCAUUGGAAAGAAAGAAGUUGAGAUAGUUGAUAUGGUGCUCAAGCUCCGCGAAGUGCUAAAGAGCAAUCCUCCUGUAGCUGAUAAUACUAGGACUUUGUUAGCUAGACGUUUGGAAGAUCUGAAUUGUGUGUUGCCAGAAGACAUGAAGUUGAUAUUAAACGCAGCCUCGUGACGAACGCACUGCUGCGCCUCAAGGGGUUGCAGCGAUGACUGCAAAAUUCAAGUUAGAUAUAAUUGUAGAUCUAUUGCAUGUGUCUAGAAUAAAUGGCCAAAUUAAAGUUGAGUUAAGUAGGCAAUGCCAAUAUCAUUCAUCAUGUUUGAAGUACUGAUACAUUUUCUGUACUACUACGCAAAGAUCAUUCCUUUUAAAUUUGGUGUAUAAAAAUCUGUUUGUACUGAUAAGAUAACUUACGUUAAUGUUUAUUGUUUCUGCCUAAAUAUAAUAACUUUUUUAGAGGGAAUGACUGCUGCUGCAAAGAAUAAUUAAUACUCCUUGAU